AUGGCACCUAAAUCGCAAUUAACACUAACCACCGAUGCCUCCGAUGACGCCAUUGGUGCCGUGUUACAUCAGAUUGUCAACGAGCAGACGCAACCAUUGGGUUUCUUCUCCAAGAAAUUCACACCGACGCAAAAGAAGAACAGCACCUACGAUAGAGAACUGACUGCCAUUAUCAGGCUAUUUUGCACUUCAAGUUCGCAUUGGAGAAUGGAUUUAAGCCUUCAGUUGAUAACUGAUACGUAUUCUCUGUUUUCGCAAUUUAAUAUAUAUGUACCCCAAGAAGAUUAUGAUAAAGUUGAAGGAUUACAAUUAAUGUUUAAUAAAAUGCUCGAAAAUGCUAAAAAGGUGUCUGAUCGUAUAUCAGAAAUGGAAGAACCCCUUCUAAGAGAACUUAAUGAUGGAAUUGCUUCUUUUGUUCAAGAGUUUGAUGAGUUUAAUCGGGACUUUGAAGCUAAUGGACCAAUGGUGGAGGGUAUUUCUGCUAAAGAAGCAAGCGAUCGGGUCUUUCUUUUUCAAAAUCGAUUUGAUGAACUAUGGAGAAAGUAUGAAAUGUAUAGCAGCGGCGAAAAACUUUUUGGACUGCCCAUCACCGAUUAUCCAUUACUUCAUCAGCGUAAGAGAGAGUUUAAUUAUCUUAAUCGACUCUACUCUUUAUAUAUCCAAGUAUUGAAAACUAUAUCGGAUUAUUAUGAAAUGCCUUGGACGGAAGUGAAUAUUGAAAAAAUUAGUGCUGAGCUCGCCGAUUUUCAGCUCCGUUGCAGAAAGCUCCCAAAAGGAAUGCAGUCAUGGCCAGCAUUUAUAGACUUAAAAACGAAAAUUGAUGACUUUAAUGAGACAUGUCCUUUACUUGAGCUAAUGACAAAUAAAGCAAUGAAAGAGAGACAUUGGAUUCGAUUAAAUGCCCUGUUUAAAACUGACUUUGACCCUACUAAUCCUAAAUUUACCCUAGGAAAACUACUUGAAGCUCCAAUUCUUAAAUUUAAAGAAGAUGUUGAGGACAUCUGUGUAGGAGCUAGUAAGGAAUUGGAUAUCGAAGCAAAACUAAAACAAAUUAUUUUCGACUGGUCCUCAGUAAAUUUACAGCUUGGUCAAUUUAAAAACAGAGGAGAUCUCGUUCUUAAAGGUGGAGAAACUUUGGAAAUAAUAGCAUCAUUAGAAGACAGUUUGAUGAUAAUGAACUCUCUUGUAUCAAAUAGAUACAAUGCACCCUUUAAAAAGGAAAUUCAAUUAUGGUUAUCAAAGCUAGUUAAUACUGGAGAUAUAUUGGAAAAGUGGCUUAUGGUGCAAAACCUUUGGAUAUAUUUAGAAGCCGUUUUUGUUGGUGGUGAUAUAUCUAAGCAGUUACCAAUGGAAGCCAAACGUUUUACGAACAUAGACAAAAGUUAUGUAAAAAUUAUGAUGCGUGCUCGCGAAAUACCAAAUGCGGUUGAAUGCUGUACAGGGGACGAGUCUUUAGCUACCACACUUACAUGGUUAUUAGAUCAAUUGGAAACUUGUCAAAAAAGUUUGACUGGUUAUUUAGAAUCGAAAAGACUACUUUUUCCUCGAUUUUUCUUUGUUUCAGAUCCGGUUUUACUGGAAAUACUUGGACAGGCUUCUGAUCCAACAUCAAUACAGCCCCAUCUUUUAAGUAUAUUUGAUGCUAUAGCCACCGUCGACUUUCAAGAAAAAACUAUUGAUAUUAUCGAAUCAAUGAAUUCUAUGAACCGUGAAAAGGUUAAAUUUGAAAAUAAUGUUCAAUGCAUUGGAAGUGUCGAGAUAUGGCUUGGUCGGCUUCUUAAAGAAAUGCAGGAUACUGUUCGAACAAUACUAGCUGGCAUGUCGGUUAGUUUAAAUGACCCAGAAUUUAAUUUUGCUGAGGAAUUUGCUGGAUUUUGCGGCCAAGCAGGAGUAGUGGGAGUUCAACUUCUUUGGACAAAGGAUUCCGAAUAUGCUUUACGUAAAUGUCGCUCUGACAAAACUAUAAUGAAACGCACAAAUAACAAAUUUUUAGUUCUUUUAAACUUUUUUAUCGAUUUAACUGUAAAGGACCUAACGUCCCUAGAUAGAAUUCGCUUUGAGACUAUGGUAACAAUUCAUGUACAUCAACGAGAUAUCUUUGACGAUUUGUGUACCCAACGUAUUAAAUCAGCAGGAGAUUUUGAGUGGCAAAAGCAGGCACGGUUUUAUUACAAUGAAGACAAUGAUGAUGUAAUAGUUGGAAUAACAGAUGUUAAUUUUAUAUAUCAAAAUGAGUAUCUUGGCGUAACUGAGCGCUUAGCAAUCACUCCACUAACAGAUCGGUGUUACAUUACUUUAGCCCAAGCAGUUGGAAUGUGUAUGGGCGGGGCACCUGCUGGCCCCGCUGGAACUGGAAAAACUGAAACAACUAAGGAUAUGGGUCGCGCAUUAGGAAAAUUAGUAGUUGUAUUUAAUUGCUCCGACCAAAUGGACUUUCGUGGCUUGGGUCGAAUAUAUAAGGGUCUGGCUCAAUCUGGAUCAUGGGGGUGCUUUGAUGAAUUUAAUCGAAUUGAAUUACCAGUUCUUUCAGUUGCAGCUCAACAAAUAUAG